UUUGCUCAGGGUUGACGGUUUUUAUUAGUUGCUCUCGUCGACCGGUCGAUGUCGAUUGACGUCGAUGGGGCCGAUGGGGCCGAUGGGGCAGCCAAUGACGUGAUGCAGCGUGUUCGGACAAUUCGCAGCAAUCGCAGCGGCAAUAGCGGUGAAUAGCGGCAUUUUGACCCGGCUCGGCCGACCAAUGGCGAGCGUGCGUCAGCGUGAGACGUGUUGAAAGAAUCGGCGCAUCCGGCGCUGCGCGUUACGUCCUUGGUCCUUGGUCCGCCACAGUCCGCCAGCGCCAGGUCCGCUUGGUCGUUACGUCGCAAUGUUGCAUUGCGACUGUUGCGAGUCGCGGGUCGCGGGUUUCGAGAUGUGACUGAUGCGAGCACUGCGAGCAGUCGUCAGCAAUCGUCAGCAGUCGUCGGCCAGCGAUACUUUGCGACACCAGUGAUAAGCUUAGUGCAUAUUAGUGCUUACACUCGUGACUCGGCCGCCGUCAAUCGCCGUAUUCCGAUUCGUCCGAUUACUCCGAUUACUCCGAUUGUAGUCGACAACAGCGGGACAGUUGAGCGUUUCACGCGCCAUUAUGGACUCGUUGGCGAAUUACGCCAGUGACGGCGACAACAGCAACAAUUCGGACGACACGAAGACGCCACCUCAGGGACAGGAAGAGGCAAACAGAAGGGCGAGCGACGCCAACUACGAUCCGGUACAAAUGGAUAUGAGUGAGGAGAGCAAUAACAACAAUUCGUCAAGGGAAUCUAGUAGCGAACGUGCAAACAGUCCUACAACGGCUCAGUCUACCUUUGGCUCAAGAACAGAAUCUUCUCGGGCUUUGCCUUCUCCAUCAGACCAGAGGCGAGGCGAUCAUGAGAAUCAUACGAGUUUGAAAGAUGAUCAUAGGCGAGGGGACCGUAGCGAUCGGAGUCGUCAUUCGUCUGACAAAGGUCGCCGUUAUGACGAUCGAAAGCAGCGUGAUAAUAAUCACAGGGACCGAAGCAGAGAUCGUAGGAAUCGGGAUGACGACAAGCGGAAAACGUCAUCCCUCGGAUCAUCUAAAGACGAGAAAAGUGAUGAUAGGGACAAAGAUCAUCAUUAUAGGGAUGAUCGGAGGGAUCGUAAUCGCGACAGGAACGACAGGGAUAGACGCAGGGAUCGCAGCGACCGCAAUGAACGGGAUCGACGACACUCCAGGGACGAGCGGUCCAAGGAUCGAUAUCGGGACGAGCGUUCGAGCUACCACAAGGAGAGGGAUCGCACGCGAUCGAGAUCGCGAUCGAGGGACCGUGCGCCACAGCUACCGUUUAGAACGAUGAGUUAUCGGGAGGAAAAGGGACGAAACAAACUGGCUCAGUUGGAGAAACUAGGCAUAGAGUUGAAGCCGCCGGAAGGCGGCGAUACUAUGAUGAUGCCUGGUGGUGUCCAUGGCGAACAAAACUACUACAAUCCGUUGGCGACGGCGACGCAGGGCAAGUACGCGGAGCAGAUCCAAAAGAGGAAGCUGCUUUGGGCAAACAAGUCGAAGCAGGAUGACGGUAAUAGUACGUCGACCGCGGCUUCCACUGCUAACACGUGGAUGGGAACGACUUUCACGCACGAUCAGGAUGGGAAGGUAACGGCCAAGUUUAAGCGACUGAUGGGUAUUAAGGGCGAUCUACCUAACGCACCGGCAGUAGGAGCCAAACCGGACAUUUUGAAAAAGCAGGAGGAAAUGUUCAAUAAUAUGGAGCAACAAUACGAAGUAGCGCGUGCUACCACGCACACGCAACGUGGCGUUGGACUGGGUUAUGCAACCGGUGGCUAUCAAUUUCCACGAUAAAAUACUUUGGAACUUCAGGUCCAUUGUUUAAUUACAUUUAUAAUAUUGGUAGAUAUAUUGGCGCAGAUAGAAUUACGUUUGCCAGUUCAGCGACCUUAUGUCGAUUCGGU